AUGCUUCUUUUUACCUACGGAACACUGAAGAAAAAUCUUCCAAACCAUCACUACAUGCAGAAGUAUCAAUUUGUGGGCGGAGCCAAAACGAGUGAAAAAUAUCCAUUGAUCAACGGUACGUCUCACAAAUGCCCUUUUCUGCUGAAUAAACCGGGAACUGGAUUAAACGUACUGGGAGAAGUGUACGAUAUUGGAGACGAUUCGGCUGUGUUUGACGCGGUCGAAUACGUUCCGAUUUUGAUGGACCGAGAAAUAAUUUUAGUUGAAUUGGACAGCGGACAGACAACAGAGGCACAUGCAUAUGUUCUGAGCGAUUUUAAAGAAGAGCUUUUGGGCGAGCCAUUCAUACUAGAUUACUCAAAAUCAGAUGUUAAUUUUGCCCUGAUGAGAGACGCAAAAGAAAUUGAUGGAAUAAUUGAAGAAAUAAUUCCUCAAGUUAAGAAACAAAUCAAGUCGACUUAA